CGGAAGUUCCACAAUUUCUUGUCAGCUAUACGAUUGAGAUGCGAACCUCAAAGUGCAGCUUGUAUUACUGUUUGCGUCACUGCGAUUGGCAAGGACGGUAUCACCUGCAUGAAGCGUGAUCAACGUGAUGCGCUUCUCGAUAAGCUAGAAAGCGAGUGUGGCGGAUCAUUGCUAAGCUCCCCUGUUCUAGAGCAACUCUCAGUCCCCUUUUCUCACCACACGUCCGAAGAGACAAGAGAUACAAGCCAGCCCCAUAUAACGCUACACAACAGCCAUUCGACUAUAGACGGAACCACAUAUGAGCAUGCAUCUCCCGAAGGCAUUGCGGCCAUCUUCAAAAAAAAACUCUGCGCCACAAUCACCAGAGUUCCAGUUCAAAGCGAACAGACUACCGUUUGGAAAGCAGCUGUGACUACCGCCUUUCCCCUUUGGGGAGGAUUGGUCAAUUGCUUGAUAAGCCUAGACAUAUCCAUGCUAGGCGUGGACUUUCUUGCAAUGGCUCUGUUCAAUGCGAGAAUCAGCUCAGCAGAGUCAAUCCGACACAUCACUUUCAAUGAUGGACCUACGUUGCUUAUGCCAGAUUCUGAAUUGACCAUGAAAGGUGUCAAAGAUGAGGCUAUUAUUAAUGUAUUUGGUUCUGAGAUAAGCGAAGCGAUCAAGGUCAGCCCUGUGCGAAGAAGAGAAAUCGAGCAGGGAAGGCUCUUGACAGAAUGUGUUUCAAUGAUCAUCACAGCUCAAGGGGCGAUAAUCAACCUAUCCCUUGAUCUUAACCGUGGCUUUGAGAUCAGCAAGAAACUGUACGCUUAAAUUCAACCAGUACCAUCCUCCUCUUUGACCUUGCCUUGCGUGAUGUAUAGUUUCACACCAUUUCUGACCACCAUUUGACCAUCUGGCAUGCUUUCCAAGAAUGUGAUUUGUUGUUUGCCCUCACUAUCUGUAUCGUACACGGUGACAUUGCAACCUUUCCAAAAAACGGUUUGAUCUCUACCGACAAUCAUCGUGACACGGUUCUGGGGUACAGCAUCGAAGUCCACGUCGUUGUCGAGUGAGCUAACUUCAAAUACCUAAUGAUAGUUAGUAGACCCGAUAAAAGGAGAUUCACAGAGGACUGUUACCAUUUGACGUGUGUUCUCAGAGCAACCAAAAAUGCAAGGUCGAAGCCACACGGCUCGCCUAAACUCGUAGUGGAACGAUGAAAGACGGAGCGCACACAGACUA